UUGACGGUCGUGGCUCCCAACACAGAGAGCCACUCGGAGCCAGAGCUUCCCAAUGGGCCGUCUCUCCAGAUAUCUCAGUCUGAGGAGAGCAUCCAGCACCAGGAGUUGAACACACAAGCUAUUCGAGAAGAUUGGAAACCUGGGAAGUCCGUCACACCCAUAAGAAACAUGGGAGGAAAGGAGAAAAAAGUUCUAGUGAUCGCAAAUGUGCCCAACUACCAAGGGACAGAUAAAAAGGCUCCACGUAAUGAGUCUGCCUCCAGUAAGAAGUCUGGUAAACCGCCCACUACGGCUGUUCCAGCCCCCAUCCCCAUGUCCCCCAUCGUUGAAAAGAUGGAGGGUCUGACAUCCAUCCGCAACCGCAGCAACAGCCUUCGCCUGGGUCGCCUGGCCUUCUACAGACACCUGGAGAAGGUGGAGACCAUGCGCUCCUUCUGGGAGCUCAAACAGGUGGAGCUGGCAGGAAAAGACCAGCAGGUAAGAUCCACUUAG